AUGGUCGCGGGGACCCAGUGGCGCGGCAUGUUCGAGAAGCGCUUGAAGAAUGCCAUCAAGCAGGCGGAGGAUGCGGCCGGAAAGCUGAUCCUCUUCAUAGACGAGAUGCACAUGCUUGUUGGUGCUGGUGACGAGGGCCGCACUGUGGACGCUGCCAACAUCCUCAAGCCGGCGUUGGCCCGUGGUCGCAUCCGUUGCAUAGGUGCUACCACAUCGAAAGAGUACCGAAAAUACAUAGAAAGGGAUGCGGCACUGGAGCGACGGUUCCAAAGGGUUGACGUCGAUGAGCCAAGCGUGCAGGCGACCGUUGCCAUCCUGCAGGGGCUGAAGCAGCGGUACCAAGACCACCAUGGCCUGAUAAUCCAGGACGACGCUCUUGUUGCUGCUGCCCAGCUCGCUGGCCGUUAUAUUAAAGGCCGCCAGUUUCCUGAUAAAGCAAUUGACCUGAUGGACCAGGCAUGCACUGCUGUGAAGUUGCAUCAACCAAAAAAGGUUGUGGGCCGAUGGACUAAAUGUCCGAUCAAUACACUUGGACGAGAGGAGGAGAAUUUCAGCCACAUAGUAGACAAAUUGCAUGAGAGAGUUGUUGGACAAUAUGAAGCAGUUAAUUUGGUUGCGCAAGAAGUUCUACGUUCUAGGGUCGGCUUUGACCAAUCUGGCCAACCAAUUGGCUCGUUCCUCUUUUUGGGCCCGAUUGGUGUUGGAAAGACAGAGCUCGCAAAAGCACUCGCCGAGAAGCUUUUUGACAACGAGAAGACGUUAGUCCGCUUUGACAUGUCAGAAUAUACUGAUAGUGGAUCUGUGUCGCGUCUGGUUGGAGGACCUGAAAGCUACGAGGAAGAUGGACAACUUACCGAGAAAGUCAGGAGCCAACCAUAUAGUGUCGUUCUUUUUGACGAGGUGGAUAAGGCACAUCCCUCAAUUUUCAAGGUUCUCAUUCAACUCCUCGAUGAUGGCACGUUGAUUGAUGGAAAGGGUCGGAACGUAUAUUUCAAGGACACUAUCAUAAUCAUGAGCUCUAAUCUUGGAGUAGAGAACCUGUCAGCUGGAACGGCUGGAGAAAACAUAGCAACUGCACGGGAUCUUCUCAUGAAACAGGUUGAGAAACGCUUUAAGCCUGAAUUUAUCAACAAACUGAGUGAGACUGUCAUAUUUGAGCCGCUUUCUCAUGACGAACUGAGGGAGAUCGUGAAAAUCCAGAUGAAGAGUGUCGUUGCUAUGGCAGCUAGGAAAGGCAUCUCUCUGUUUGCAACAGAUGCCGCCUUGGACGUCAUUUGGUCAGAAUCUCACGAUACGGUGUAUGGCGCAAGGCCUAUUAAGAGGUGGAUGAAGAAGAAUGUGACGAGAGUUCUUGUGGACAUGCUGGUCAAUGGGGAAGCGUGUCAAGGCUCGGUCAUCAGCGUCAAUGCCACGGACGACAAGAAGGGGCUGAAGUACCAAAUACUGAAGUAG